AUGUAUUAUCUACCCAAGCCGUUGAAGCCACACAGUGGCAUGGGCUCUGGUCAGCGGUUGGUGCCCCUGGCCGAACGAACUCUCAAUUUCCUUGGUUGUAUUGUUGCGGCCGCGGUAUACUUCUAUGGCUUGAUGUAUCUUAAGCAACCCUUGACCUUUGACAUGAUAGUCAGUAUAAUUCUGGCCGAGUAUUGUCGAUGGAGAAACAACAAGAGACGCAGAGAUGCAGCUCUGCAGGAAGAGAACGGUAGCCUUGGCCUUGCUGAGAAGGGCAAGUCAAGCGAGCAGAGGUUGGACUGCGUUGCUGCUAUUGUUGGGUAUAGGGAGGAGCCUACCCUGUGGAAACAGGCAUUGGGGAGCUAUUCGCAUGCCCAGAAUUGCAGGUUCCUUCUUGUAUGUAUCGACGGGGAUGCAGAAGAGGAUCGGGAGAUGGUUGAAGUCUUUCAAGAUGUUUACACGGAAAAGUCUGCAUUGAUGCACCUAGAUAUCCCUUUAGCAGAGAUUGCCAUGCAGAUGGAUCGAGCAAGAUCCUCCAAGACAACGGAUGCUGAGAUUAUUGCUCAAUGCUGUUCCGUCGCCAGAGCAGCUCUCGAGAAGAGUGGUAUCACUCUGGUCGGCGAGAAGGGGAUUUCUAAACUGUGUGUUAGUCAGCCGCACAUGCACAAGAAGGGAAUCAUGUUCACCUCCUUCAUAAUCUCCUUGGUGCUCUCAGAUAUCCUCGACAUCGAAUUCUUGUGGACAUCGGAUUCAGACUCAAUUGUGAUGCCCGAUACAUUAACGCGUACGAUGGCAACAUGUGCUGCAGAUCCGGGAAUUGGGGGUGCUAGCACGGCACUCACUAUCCACAACAAAGAUGAAACAGUUAUCACACAGCUUGGCAAUGCGGUUUACCUGAAUGAAUUGUAUCUGGCACGUUCCUUUACUGGCGCGGUUGCUGCAAAUGACUGCCAAAGUGGACCGUCUGCUGCUUUUCGCUUUUCUGCAGUCAGUGGAGAGUUGCUGGCAUGGUACAAGCAAAGUGUGUUCGGGCAUUGGAUGGUUGUGAACGAGGAUCGACAUUUGACCACACGUCUCCUUCUAAAAGGUUGGAAAGUGGUUUUCGCAUCCGACGUUAUGACUGCCACUGAGUCACCCACAACAUUCAGGAGGUGGCUAUUGCAGCAGGUUCGCUGGGGCCGAGCGGUGCACGUCGAAAGUUUCCACAGACCGAGCGUGUACCUGAUGCACUCUCCGAUAUUGUUCUUCGGCGCCCUGCGGCGACAGUUUGCCGCCUUUGUCGUGCCCCUGACUGUUGUCCUGUACCUCUGUUCUGGGAUGCUCCUAAUUCGAGCCUUCUCAUUCCAGGAUUACACCCAUCGCCUGGGACUGACAAUCUCCUACCUUGUGUUUCGUAAUCCAUACCGACCAACUAUGAAGGAGUGGAUGUGGAGUCUUCCCGCACAUCUGUUCUAUCAUGUGCCGUUGCCCGCCAUUCAGGUAUGGAGCUUUCUUACAGUGCUCCACGAUUCAUGGGGAACGACCAUGAGAGCCAACAAGGAGGUGAGGCAUUCCAAGCUGCGUCUUAAGAUUUGGGAAGUCGGAUUCUUUGUCUUUUGGAUGGCCAUCCUGGGCGGCGCCUCGGGGAGGUAUGUUGCAACGUCGCUGAUGCCAGGUUCGGCUGACGUGGUGGUAUUUAUCCUUGCGGGGGUUGUGUCCGUGUUGAUUGUGGGUGGGUGGUGGACAGUUGUCGCGAAGUGA